UCCCGGGUCGGCGGAGCUGGCGCGACGGCGCGGACUACAAGUCCCAUCCUGCCCCGCGCCACCGGGGCGGCAAUGGCGGCGGCGGCGCCUGCGCGGUGCGGUCUCCGUGCGGACCGCGCAGAGUGAAUAAUAAAGGUCUCCUCGGCGGUAGCUGCGGCGGCGGCGGACGAGGCAGCGCCAGGCAGGAACAUGUCGAAGGGCCCGGUGGCGAGCGGCCCUCCCGCGGCCGGGCCGGCGGCCCCCGCCAGCGCGCUGCAGGCGCAACCCGAGAAACCGCAGCACUACACUUACCUGAAGGAGUUUCGCACCGAGCAGUGCCCUUUGUUUGUGCAGCACAAGUGCACUCAGCACAGACCCUAUACUUGCUUCCACUGGCACUUUGUCAACCAGCGUCGUCGCAGGUCUAUCCGCCGUCGGGACGGUACCUUUAACUACAGCCCUGACAUUUACUGCACCAAGUAUGACGAGACCACAGGAAUCUGUCCAGAAGGAGAUGAGUGUCCAUUCUUGCACAGAACUACCGGUGACACAGAGAGGAGAUAUCACUUGCGCUACUACAAAACUGGAAUCUGCAUCCAUGAGACAGACUCUAAGGGAAACUGCACAAAGAAUGGCGUCCACUGCGCCUUUGCUCAUGGGCCCCAUGACCUGCGCUCUCCAGUUUACGACAUCCGGGAGCUUCAGGCCAUGGAGGCUCUUCAGAAUGGUCAGACCACAUCAGAGGGUGGCAUAGAGGGUCAGUCUGCAGUUGCCGCUAGCCACGCUAUGAUAGAGAAAAUACUCAGUGAAGAGCCAAGGUGGCAAGACACAACGUACGUGUUGGGAAACUACAAGACAGAACAAUGCAAGAAACCCCCCCGGCUUUGUCGCCAGGGUUACGCCUGCCCCUACUACCACAACAGUAAAGAUAGAAGAAGAAGCCCAAGGAAACACAAGUACAGAUCAUCACCCUGCCCAAGUGUGAAACAUGGAGAUGAGUGGGGAGAUCCCACUAAGUGUGAAAAUGGAGACGCAUGCCAAUACUGUCACACUCGCACAGAGCAACAGUUUCACCCAGAGAUCUACAAAUCUACUAAGUGCAAUGACAUGCAGCAGUCUGGCAGCUGUCCCCGAGGACCCUUCUGUGCCUUUGCACAUGUAGAACAGCCUCCACUCAAUGAAGACUUACAGCCAUCCUCAGCUGUAUCUAGCCCAACACAAGCAGGCCCUGUGAUGUAUAUGCCAUCAGCUGCCGGCGAUUCUGUUCCAGUCAGCCCUUCUAGUCCGCAUGCCCCAGAUCUUAGCAAUGUGUGGAAUAAAACAGGAACCCUGCCAACUAGCCCCACCUCCACCACAAUUCUUUGUAGGAACAGCAGCCUUGGAAGCCCAUCUAAUAUAUGUGGAUCUCCCCCUGGUGCCAUUGGUAAACCGCACAGCCUGGAGAGUAUUGGUUUUCCCACAGACUCUGUGACAGCAGCCAGCAGCUACAAGAAGGCACCAGGGUUUGAACGAGAGGAUCAGGUGGGGGCCGAGUAUCUGAAGAGCUUCAAAUGCCAGCAGGCGAAAAUGAAAUCCCAUUCACUGGAACACAGGAGCCAAGAGCAGCCCCACUUACAGCCCAAACAGGACAUAUUGGGGAUUCUUCCGGUGGGCAGCCCGCUGACUUCCAGCAUCUCCUCCAGCAUCACCUCCAGUCUGGCUGCAACCCCGCCAAGCCCUGCAGGCACCAGCAGCAUACCAGGCAUGAAUGCCAAUGCCCUUCCUUUCUACCCAACCAGUGACACAGUGGAGUCUGUUAUAGAGUCUGCCUUGGACGACCUGGACCUGAAUGAAUUCGGAGUGGCUGCCCUGGAGAAGACAUUUGACAGCAGCACAGUGCCCCACACAAGUGGCAUCAUGAUAGGUGGGAGUUUGCUGCAAAGUUCCGCUCCUGUCAAUAUCCCUGGGUCCCUUGGAAGUUCUGCCUCCUUUCACUCUGCCUCUCCUUCUCCACCGGUCAGCUUAUCAUCGCAUUUCCUCCAUCAGCCCCAGGGACACUUAAGCCAAUCAGAAAACACAUUCCUGGGGACAUCAGCUUCUCAUGGAUCAUUAGGUUUAAAUGGGAUGAACAGCAGCAUAUGGGAGCACUUUGCUUCUGGGAGUUUUUCGCCCAGUACCUCACCUGCGUUUCUGUCAGGUCCAGGUGCUGCUGAGCUGGCGAGACUGCGACAGGAACUGGAUGAAGCCAACAGCACGAUAAAGCAGUGGGAGGAGUCCUGGAAACAAGCCAAGCAGGCCUGCGAUGCUUGGAAGAAGGAAGCAGAAGAAGCGAAUGAUCGCGCCAACACAGCUAACAUGGAAUGUGAACUGGCCCGGGAGCAGAGGGAAGCCCUGGAGCUGCAAGUGAAGAAACUCCAGGAAGAGCUGGAGAGGAUCCAUGCUGGCCAGGACCCCCAGUUCCUGCGUUCGUUCUCAGACCUGGAAACCCUCUCGCUCUCCACACUGUACACCAUCCAGAAACAGCUGCGCUCCAACCUGGAGAGAGUCGACAAGGCAGUAUUUCAGAUGCAAUCGGUGAAAUGCCUUAAGUGUCAGGAAGAGAACCGGGUGGUGUUACAGUGCCAACAUGCCGUGCUUUGUGAGACGUGUGCUGAGGAGGGGGAAUGCCCUAUAUGCCACCCCAACAGGCCACAUUCUCUCCAGUCGUGACCCUUCAAGGACACUUGGUUUAUCAUAUCACAUAGAACUUUUUAAAUUGAUAUAUAUAUAUAUUAUAUAUAUAUAUAUGAAUAUAUAUACAUAAAACAAAAAUUAGUUGCAGAGCACUUUUUAAUAUUUUACAUCCCCCAUCUAAACUGCCUUUCACCCAUGCCCCACUGAUUCUAACUCUUUAGGAACUUUGAGAGCUGUUUUUAAUACAGAUCAAAGGGCCAUUAGCAAAGAGUCUGUGGUUUGUUUGGUUUUUUUCCCCCCCUCUCUUUUCUACUUGUUCAUAACAAAUUUUUUGACUCUUUCCAGAAUGAUUUGGAACAGGCAAUAUUGGGCUUCCAGGUGCUUUCCAGAGUGAUGAUUGGAUUUCUAGGCAGGACUCAGGUGAAUUCAAAUGGUUUGAUCAUGUCUUCAACCUCCCGCUCUUUUUAUAACCCAGCUUGUUAAGGACGUCCCCAUGGGUAGGAAGCCUUGUGGGGUCUCCGCCAGUUUAGAGCCAUGCUUGCUCAGAUUGCUUACCGAUCUCUGAAUGUGCAGGAGCUUUGUCUGUCCCUUUCAAACAGCAAAGUUCACUUUUUAAAAGUUUUUUACACAAUUUGUAUAUUUGUAUAAAAACAAGAAAAAGAAAAAAAUACUGAAUUUAGAGCAAGUUAGGCCCAGCCCAGCUCAGUGAUCUAAUGGCCGGCAUACCUACUGGGUUACAGUGUGCUCAGAAAUACUGCCCCUCACGUAGGCAAAGGCUAGUCUAUGGAAGGGAGAUAGAUUCACGCAUCAUUUCCCUCCAGCAUUUCCUUGUGUUGGCUUUCUAGAAACGGCUCCCAGCUUCUGAUCGGAUCUUAAGGCUUUUUUCUUAGCCAGGGGCAAUUAGUUCAUAAUCACUGCAGGUGCAUUUGGGAGAGAUUCCAUGUGAUGUGAGAGAAUCUCAGCUUGGCAACAGUAAGGCGAAGUAAUGAAUGAUCCUUCUCAAGCCAGCCUGAUGUUUUCUGCAUCACUGCCUCAAGGGUAGCACGAUACUCCGGGUGCAUUUAGCUUUCAGGUUAGUCAUGCUGCGUUAUGCCAGUGGCAACAAAAGAAUUUCUAUGGCAGUCCAUCUAUUCCAGGCUUUAAGAGUGGCCAGUCCCAGAAGCCUCAGACAGUUUAAAUUCCUUCCCUUUGAUGCUUUUUUAUUGUAAGGAAAUUUCCUCCUGACCUUAGCUGCUGACCACGUUACACCCUGAAACAUGGUGCUUGUUAAUGCUUUUAAACCUAUGUAGUGUAGCUGCAGAGGCUGUUCUCAUUUAUACACAUGUAUAAUCCUGAUUUGAAACUUGCUUAAGCUAGAUAGCCCACUAGUGCCCUGUGGCAGGGCAUUCUACAGGUUCCUUGCACAGUCCUGGGUUGGGACAAAAUGGAAGUUUAGAAAGGAAUCCCAAAUGCAAGGUAAAAAAACCCAGAACCACCAGCUGGUCUGUACAAAUCUUCCUGGUGACUUGGUGGUGGUAAGUGGCAGUUUGAUUUGGGGGGGUCUGACAGAGUAGGUAUAUGGCUACCAAACUCAGUCUCUGGUUUCAGUCAGAUCUGAAGGGGAAGUAGGAGCUCAGGUUCCAUGAAUGCACUUCCAUUUCCAAGACAUUCCUUUUCUUUCGUGCAAGGGAAAUAUUCUAGUGUCUCUCUCUCUCCCUCUGCCUGCUCCAGGAUCAUCUGUACAUGGCCUUUCCACAGGCCAUGUCUGGAUCCUUCCAGGGGACCUGCCCUGCUGUGAGUACUCUGGGCCUGUACCUCCCAGCACUGUCAGCAGGGAAACUCAGGGACUUUAUCCUAAGGAUUCUCUUGUCCACUGAAUUUGCUCCCUUCAAUCAUCUUAGCUUAGCAGGGUAGGGGAGAGCCAGGAACAUCCAGAUUAGCUCUUUACCAGCACCAAAUUGCCUGGUGCAUAGUUUUCUUUUAAUAUAACAAAAAAUGCCCCUGGCCAGGACCCUGAGCCUUUCUAUUACCACUUUCUAAAUGUAACUUGACUCUCUUUUUUAGGUGGAUGACCCUAACCUGCUGGGUUCCCAGUUGAGUGGCCAAGCAUCUGUUCAGUGGUGGGGCUCUCUCAGCUGUUCAAGGGUACUCCCUGUGUUUGGGCUGGACAGAUAAUGGGCCACUGUCUUGCAAACUGCCCAACCUUGGUGGUAUGGAUUCUGCCCUUAGUGCGGAUUCACAGCUCACCGAGAAGUCCAAGAGAAUUGUGUAUCGGAGGUCCAAAUUGCACUUUCAUUUUUCACUUAUGGCCCAAUCCUGCAAUCUUGGCACAAGCAUUGUAGUCUGUUUUAAACAUUACUAGUGCACCCCUCACAGGCAACCUCUAGGUCUUAUAGACACCUAUGAAAAAGCAUCAGAAAGGACCUGUCUCUUGAUGUUUUAUCUGUAUAAGAACUGCAGGAUUAGACUUCCUAAUUGCAUCAGGUAUUCCUGGCUACUAAUUUGGCUCUGGUUGAUUUUGGGAUAAUUGACCUGCCCUUGCCCAACCUGGAAAAGCACUGGAAACCCCAACAGCCUUUUGUUGUUAGUAGGAACAAGUGAACUGUUACCAGAUUUUCAAAGCGCUUCAUAUUUAAUGUAAGGAAACAAUGAGAUUUGCUUCCAUGAUUCCAUCUUUCCUUUGCAUGGAAGGGGUUAAUAUGCAUUCCCAAAUGAUCUCUUAAGUGCAGCUCUGUGUAGUUCUCUUUUAUUUUUUCCCCCCAUUAACUUUGUUUUGGGGGUGUUUUUUGUUUUGUUUUUUGGUAAAAAUGCUUUUUUUUUUUUUUUUUCCUUGUGUAUUUUAUUGUAACUAGCAUAAUUUUUUAAAUUUUUUUUUGUAUGGAGACACACUGUUGAGUGAUUAUUGUGGCUAUGUUGUUUGGUUAUAGCCUUAGAAUGUCUGUGCCAUGGGGCAGGUGCUGGUCUGUAAGGCCGGUGAACCUGCCUCCGUCUGAUCUUAAGGAAAGAUCUUUUGUUAAAAUAUGUGAGAAUUCUUUUUUAAAAGCACACAAAAAGGGUAGGGGGGAGGGAGAGGAAAAACCCAAUGAAACUAACAUUUACUAAACACUUUUUGUAACUAAUUUAAAAAUAAUAGGAAAUAAAUUCUCCAAUCAGGUCUAUAAAUUAGAAGAGCUGAAUCCCAUCAGCCAAUUUGACUAAAGAUGGAAACUGGUUUGUAACAUUUAAUUUUGUUACCAUUGAGGUUUAUCCCUCUCCUUCCUCUCCAUGGGAUUGUCCAAAAUGACCCUGUAUAGUUCUUUGGACAAAUCGAUUUGUUCUGAACGGUCCAGUAUCUGGCUACACGAUUCCAGCCGAUUCCCACAGGGGACUUUACAAGUGUGUUCCCCUCUUUCAUCAAGGUGAAGUUUUCCCACUGAGCUGCAGCUUCAUGCCUGUCCCAGUAAGACUUGGUAAUUCCAUUAACAAUACAGAACCUCGCUGGUUGUGCCGGGGAUCAAUUUUUCCCCAUGUCUGUUGGCGGAUUGCUUAACCAGUGAGGAGCAAGAGAAAUUCCAGCUUGGGGAACAGCACAUUUUGCCUGCCAGGCAAAACACGGUUUCUCUGUUUAAGACUUAUCCUGAAGGACCAAAGAAUCCAAAUUGGAAUCCGAAUGCUCCCCAUCGCUGCACUCAAAUCCUGAUGCUCCCUUACCACACUCGAGUCACAGCAGAACAGGUUAAAGGAUUUAGCAGGCGGGGUUGGCUGUAUCCUCCAAUUCACUCUAUUCUGGCCUCUCCUUCCUGGCUUUUUCUCUCCUUCCUCUGGUUCUGUAAGAAAACAGUCUUUUUAAUCUAGGUUUCUAUGAAUUUUUGAUUGCUGCUUUUUUAAAAGAAAUAUCUUAAAUGUGAAUGAUUUCUUUAAGCACCAGGUGGAAAAGAGAAUUGGAUAGUUUCUUGGCUGCAAAAGCUUUGAGGGGCUGCUCUCACUAGGAAUUGGGUUCUUUUCCCCCGCAAGAAUUAAGCAAAGUGAAGGAAAAAAGGCAAGAUGUCCAACCCACUCUAGCAGCCGCCGACUUUACUUCAGCCCAGGCAGGCGAUGCCUGCAGAAGUCAGCACUGCUGUUAAGGCAGCAAGAUUUUGCCAGUCAGUUUGUGUGGUGUAAAAAGGGGCUUGUUGAAAUAUCUCUGGUGCUAAUGUACGCAGCCCCUCUAAUGUACUGUCACAUGCUGUAUUUUGGACCAGGAAAGUCCAUAGUAGAAUGAAUGAAAUGAGACUAAGGAGACCUUUCUUUGGACUGAGUCACACUUAAAGACUCAGAACUAUUUCCAGCCCUUCUGAGUUAGCAGCACAGUUGGCUGUUGCUAAACAGAUUGAACAUGCCUGGGAACAUGCCCACUUCUCCCCACCCUUCCACAGAGAGUCCUCAUUGGAUUGUUAAUGUUUUCCUCCCCAAAAUGUCUUGUAGCGUUGGAAGGAUUUGCUAGAAAUGUUGACCUCUAUGACUAAUUGUGCUGGCUGGCAGUUUCCUAGCUGUGAUUUGGGGGAAGGGAGCAUUAAUUGUGUUGUGAAACCACAGUAUUCUUUAAAGGUCAAUAAACUUGUACUUUAUUAUGAAAAAAAUAAGAGCCUCUCCACUGGAAACAGGGAUUAUAUACACUAUCUGUCUGUGGGUGUUGAAACGCAAGGAAAUCUCCUUGGAGAGGAGCCUUGUGCUAGCCAAUUUCCGCUUGGCUGGAACUGGCAUCACCUUAUCCUAGCAGGGACCAUGCUUUAACUCAUCGCCUGACCACAUGGGCACCCAGCCAAACACCACCGGUGGCAGAGAGGCAUGUGGCAUAGCAAUCAGGUGAUUUGGGAAAAUGCCUCAAAUCUGGAGUAUGACGUUUUAUAUGAAGUCCCUGAAAAAGGGCUCUCCGCGGUUCUAAUAUUAGAAGGUUUUUAUACUAUCCAUACGUCUCUACUUAACCUGAGCCACUAGCAAGGGCUUGCACAGCUCAGACAAUGAAGAGAAUUCCUUACCGUGUGAGGAAGAGUUUUAAUGCUGAAUGGACUCAAUAUUUCAUUGCUGUUCCACUAGCCACAAGUUCUCUUGUUCCCCCUUUUCUCCUCCACGAAGGAAGACUUAUUCAGUGUUUUCCUCCAGGAUUAUAAUAAUCCUCGGAGUUGAUGCAAACAGAAACUAGAUGUUACUAGUGUAAAGAGAAGUAUUUUAAAAGUGAAGUAUUCCUGCAAACUAGUGACUGUGGAUCAAAGAUGUCUAUGGGGAUUCCCCACUCUGUAGCUUCCAAUGUUAAAAUAAAUACAGUAUACAUUUAAACAAUA